AUGGGUCUAUCCUCACUCAUGAUCCUGGCCGGCGCCGGGGCUGCCAUGGCCCAUACAAGCAAUGUCGAGGUGCCCGCGAGUCUUCCUACGCGGGCUCUUGGUCGUGAUGCUGUCGCGUACUCAGUUGAGCCCGUUUGGUUGGACUCGUUCUCCAACAGCAGUCUGAUGGUCACGCUACUUCAUGGCAUCUCAAACUUGACGGGCAAGGCGACACCUAUUCGGAUCGGAGGCACAACGAGCGAUCAGACAUACAUUGUGGAAAGCCUGCCCGGCAAUGCCACGUCGCUCGAGAGGACUAAGCCCAGCACACAAUGGAACGUCACGGCUUCCUGGUUCUCCACGUUCGCUAAUUACUUCCCUGAUGGCACGGAGGUCAUCUACUGCCUCAACCUCGCGGACAACUCCAGCAAUUGGGCCAAUACCCAGGAACAGGCACGUGCCGUGUGGGAGGCGCUUGGGGAGAAGCUGGUCAUGUUUGAGCUCGGAAACGAGAUAGACCAUUUCAUCGACAAGGGCUGGCGAGAUGCGAGCUGGGGCGUGGCUGAGUAUAUCCCGCAGUUCAACAACCUGACGGCUAGCAUCAUGAAUGCUUCCUGGUACGCCGAAGCCGGCGAUGCUGCGCCCAAGUUCCAGGCCGCCGUUUUUGCCGACCCGCCGUGGGUGCCAGACCAGCAGGACGAGAUUGACGAUUUCGACAUUGUCAACCUGACCAGGGGAGGGCUGGUCGAUCCGGAGCACAAGGUUGUAGAGACCUAUUCAGUCCACCUAUACCCACAAUCGACCUGUGAUACGGAGCGCUGGCUGAGGAUGCGCCUGGACCUCUUGAGCAAUCACACAGCCCUCUGGUUGAAUGUGUCGCAGUUCGUGCCUCAGGUCGCUGCCGCCGAUUCGGCCAACACGUCCCUCGUGUUCGGCGAGACCAACAGUGUCAGCUGCGGAGGACGUAGCGGCAUCAGCGAUACCUUUGGAGCCGCCCUCUGGGCAGUAGAUUACGUUCUCAUGGCUGCUAGUAUUGGGAUGCCCAGGGUCUACUUCCACCUUGGUGCCCAGUCGCAGUACUCGGCAUUCACGCCUUGGUCGUACGAGCUGAAUAACGAGACGCUGUCAUCUGGGAUUCGCGCCCCUUUCUAUGGCCACUACUUCGUCGCCAAGGUGGUGGAGGGGUUGGCGGAGGAUGAGUCGUACGGAAUAGCUGCGCUGCCGGGCGCAAACUCGAGUGACCUCAGCGGCUAUGCUGUUUACCGGGGCGAUGACCUUGCGAAGCUUGUGUUCCUCGACAUGGGUGUUUGGAACGGCACAGAAGGGCUCUCGAACCCAUCCACACUGAGCAGCACCGAUGGCACCGUCUUCAGCAACGGGACAAGGCCAAGUUACAACAUGACGGUGGCGUCGUCGUGGGCACCGGGCCAGAAUGUCAGCAUCACUCGCUUGCAGGGCCCCGGCACGAACGCUAAAAGCUCGGUGAGCAUCUCGGGCGUGACGUUCGACCCGGCGACGGGAGAUCGAGUGGAAGGCGAUGCCGAGGAGGAAGUGGUACAGGUUGGCGAGGGCGGUGCGGUCAGUUUCCACCUAGUGGCGGCGGAGGGCGUUCUGCUCCAGGUUGUGAGCAAUGCGACGGCUUCUCCAGGAAGUGGAGAGGCGUCGGGAGCGUCCGCCGCGGUGAGCGGUUCCUGGAGCAUGUUCGCGAUGGCUGUCUUGGUGAUAGCCUUGACUGCCUGA